CUACGCACGAGAUGGACGCUCACUAUCUCGUUCGGCCUCACGCCAUACGGUCUCGUGCUCGCUUUUUAAUUCCCCGACAUCAUGGGCUCUAGCAAGUCCGCAGAAGCGCAUAUUGCGGGACGUCAAGAUGUGUUCGACGAUCGAAGCCGGGAUCAUAACACGGCUGAGAAGGACGCAACUACGGCGGAUGCCCAUGACAUGCACCGGAUGGGAAAGACGCAAGAAACCCGGCGAAACUUCCGUUCUAUCACGAUCCUAGGAUUCUGCAUAGUUCUUUUAUCGACUUGGGAGACGAUUCUUGCCACAUCCGUCUUUGCCCUCGCCAACGGCGGAACAGCAGGGCUUAUCUGGGGAUACUUCAUCGUCAUGAUUGGGUUUGGUUUUGUUGUCGCUUCGCUGGCUGAGAUGGCAUCGAUGGCGCCGACCGCUGGCGGCCAAUACCACUGGGUAUCAGAGUUCGCACCACCAAGCUGCCAGAAGUUUCUCAGCUAUCUGGUAGGCUGGCUAGGGGUUCUAGGUUGGCAAACCGGCGCAGCGACGGUCUCGUAUCUUGCCGGCAAGCAGAUACAGGGCCUCAUUAUCUUGAACAAUCCAUCGUACAUUCCGAAAGCGUGGCACGGAACGCUCCUCAUCUGGGCUGUUCUAGCUGUGUGUUUGGUGUUCAACACAUAUCUCUCUCAACAUCUACCUUUAGUAGAAGGAGGUGUCGUCAUACUCCACGUUACUGGGUUCUUCGCUGUCGUCAUUCCACUCUGGGUCAUGAGCGACAGAAGCCACUCUUCCAGCGAUAUUUUCACGCUCUUCCAGGACAACAUGAUGUGGGGAAAUCUUCCACUGGCGGUGAUCCUCGGUCUCACGAGCGCUACCAGCACUUUCGUUGGCGUUGAAGCGGGAGCACACAUGGCGGAAGAGGUACGCGAUGCCGCUCAUGUAAUUCCGCGCGCUAUGAUGUGGACGUGGCUCGGUAACGGGUUGCUCGGUUGGAUCAUGGCAAUCACGUUCUGCUUCUGCGUCACUGAUACAGUCUCUGUACUUACGACGCCGCUUGGCACGCCUUUCAUCCAGGUCUUCGUCGACACGACCAAGUCGGUAGGCGGCGCGACUGCACUUACGGUCUUGAUGCUGGUCAUUGCAAUAUUCGCUUGCGUUGCUGUUAUGGCUGCAAGUUCACGUCAGGUGUUCGCCUUCGCUCGCGACAAUGGCGUGCCAUUUGCUCGCGUAUUCAGCAAGGUAUCAACAAAGCGCGAAGUACCGAUCAACUCGACAUACAUAACAGUCGUUUUCAUCGUAAUCCUCUCGUGUAUCAACCUUGGCUCCACCGUCGCAUUCAUGCAGGUCAUUUCCCUGGGUGUAGCUUCGAUGCUGACCUCGUACCUGAUCACGAUCUCGUGUGUUGCCCUGAAGCGUAUAAGAGGUGAACCGCUUCUGCCGUCCAAGUUCGAUCUGGGAAGACUAGGAUUACCGAUCAACAUCAUUGCUGUACUGUUCCUGCUGUUUGCUUGGGUCUUUUGCUUUUUUCCCGUCGGCCCUCGACCAACAGUAACAGAUAUGAAUUGGGCGGUCCUGGGAUAUGGAAUUGUCGUUCUCUUCGCUAUACUGUACUACAUUCUUCGUGGAAGACACGCGUACGUUGGACCGGUCAAAUACGUGCGGAUGGCAUGACUGAAUGUCACUCUUACGGACAAGAACUGAACUGAACCUUAUAGUCUGAUUAUAGUCAUCUCGGGCUUGCUUUCGACAGCUCCAGAAGGGCGAUUCGGUGGCGCGCUCUACCCAGUAUGUAGCUAACGAGACAUUGAUAGCACUGCGCAUGUGGAAAACCUAUGCGGUUUCGGCGUGACACCUAUCUGGUUCGAGGUGUAGUGGAAGCGGAAUUGUGAUUGAAAGAGUCUGACUCGCUUCGACUGCAAUUUCUACGUCCUGGUGAAGUAGCACCCUAUGCAAGCACACGCAGCUGAAGUGCUCUAACACAUCCGUCAGUGAAUGGUGGAUGGACUCGGGGGAAAUUAGUCUGUCACCAAGUGAAGAGACAGCAAUUUCGCAAAGAGCUAGACACGACUGAGCGUGUAUGUUAUUCAAUUGAUGAGAAUC